UCGGAAGCCUCUGCUUCAUUGCCAUGAUUUGACGUCCGAUCCUGAACAGAUGGUCACGAUGUGUGCAGAGUCCCCCCACCUCCUCUCAUGGUCGUUCCCCAACCCCUCCGAUCUGAGGUCGCCGCCGCCACGAGGUAGAGAGGUGACGGCAACUGCGACGACGGGCGAAUUCCUUCUCCACGCUUCCACUGUCUCUCACAGCAAUUCCUAGCGAACUCUAUCAUCGUCGGCGGUAAAUGGUUAUAGGCAGGAGACGCCCUCUUGACGGCGGCGCGCCCCCGCCUCUCCCUCCGUCGCCUUGGCUCUCCGCCGCACUCCCAGCUUCCACGAAUUCGGGUCCCCACCCGGCGCACCAUCUAGAUCCGCCUCUGGUUGCCGAAAUGGAGGGCAAGGCGGUGGGCUUCUCGGCCGCCAAUUGCGGCGCCGACGCGACGGCGGACGAUUUCGAGUACAUCACCGGGAUGAGCACCAUCCUGGUGGCCACCAUCCAGGAGGUGAAGGACCGGGUCUCCCAGAUGGAGUUCAUCUUCUGCAGCCAGAUCUUCCCGCACUUCCAGGCCAAGUCCAAGCUCCUCCACGCGCGGCUGGCCGAUUCCACUGCCACGAGGGAGGCCGAGGAUGAGUGGCGGCAGAAGGAGGCCGGCCUGCUGAGGCAGCUGGAGGAGCUCAGUCGCGGGAAGCGGCGUGCGGAGGAUAGGCUGCUGCAGCUGGAGAGCUCUCUCGAGGAGAUGCGAGGGAGGCUCCUCGACGCUGAGCGGUUGGCUGCGGAGCACGGUGCUGAGAAGAAGCAGCUUCUGGGGAGAUUGGAGGAGGAAAUGAAGAAAGAUGAGGUGGUCCACCGGUUCGAAAGGGAGAUCGGGGAGAAGGAUGCUGAGAUAUCAAGGGAAAGAUUGCGGAGAUGGAAGGCUCCAAGAUUGACCAGAAUGAAGGCUCCAAGAUUGACCCGAGUGAAGGCUCCAAGUCCCCUAUGAAUCGGAAGUCCUCCAAGUAAGAGAAAGUUUACAGAUUUACAAGACACAAAAAAUGAAAGCAUUCAGGUAGUUUAUAAAACUGCACCUAAACCGAGGUCUCUCAGCGAUUUGCGUUUUAGGCCGUCCGUUUUCGCGGUCUGGGCAUUUCUGUCCGUCAGAUCUUGUGUGAAGAUCAACCUGGCCGGUACUAUGUGAAAUUUGACCCAGCUGUCCUGUGGGCUGCUGCUCUGGAGGCCGGAACGAAGGCUUCUCGUGCAUUGGGCCGUCCGCCAGCCGCCUGCCUGUUCCAGCGCUAAAAGGAGGUCCAUUGCUGGGCUCGCGAGGCAUAAGAGUGAUUGCGUGCCAUCCAAAGAAAAAUCCAAUCCCGAUCGAGUCGCUAGGGCAGGCCUAGGUCCGCCCCCACCUGCCGUCGCCGCUAAACACACACAGAGAGAGAGAGAGAGGACAAUGUCAACGGUGGAUUGGAGUAGAUCGACAUGUGCCCCUCCCAAAGGAAGGCACACGAUGGUGAGCGAGGACUGCGACGUACGCCAACUAAUCUUAUGAGCUGUGCUCUGGUUGGAUCCCCUUUUCUCGCGCCUCUACUUUCAUCGCCCACGGCGGCGCACAGGGUGAUGGUAACCAUAUUGGUUCACAUCAACAAGGAUCUUCUGGUGGGAAGCCCCAUGUUUUGUCCUUCUUGUUGGUCAAUACUGGAUUGACUCAAGAGUUCGUCCAGCGGCCGCAAAUAUCCAACAUCCAGAAUCAUGAGGGCGAGCGGUUGGUCACAAAACCAUCGACCUUCUGUUCAACUGGGUCUACUGGGAAAUAACAGAUGGCUGCACUUGGGCGAUGUGAACCCAUGCUCAGGCGAUGAAGGAUUCAGCGGGCGAUGCGAAGGGUGUUGUUGUGGCGGCUGGAGGCGUGAUAGUCGCUGAUGCUGAUGGUGGAUGUGAGUUAUAAUCUUGCUGCCUCCUCCUCUUUGGGCCAUGCCUAGAUGCUCCUAUAUAUGCUCCGCUUGCCUAGGUUGAUGCUAUGUCUUCUUCCCUAUUGCAGUUUUUUUGUAUGGCUACAUAUACUUCCCCUACAUGGUUCGUAUUCCAUCUAAUGCUAGUGUUUUUUC